AUGGGUUCAUCGCCUCUCCCCGUCAGCUUGCAAAGCAAAUUCCAAAGGCCUCAAGCCAUAUCGCGGCUGAGGGACUACCAAGGCAAUUUCAACACCCUGCGAAAUGUCAUCUUCGCGCUCUUCGUGCUCCGAGUCCUACGCAAGUCGUUCUACUUUCUCCGCGGACACGGGCUGAUCGGCUCGGUGGUCGUCCUGUACCACGCCCUGCACAAGAAUGCGUACAAGUUCUUGCUAAGUCUGCCUGGCGUACGGUCCCAGGUGACCAAGCAACUGGCCGCGGCGCGGAAGGACAUCGAGGACAAACUGGUCCCGUCGGGCCCGGGGACGAAUCAUUACCUGCACCUGCCAAAGGAGCCGUGGACGAAGGAACAGUUACGCACGGAACUCGAGGCGCUGGCGGCCAUGAAGCGCACGCGCUGGGAAGAAGGGAAGGUCUCGGGGGCGGUGUACCACGGCGAAGCGGCGCUGUUGGACAUCCAGAGUGAAGCGAUGCGGCUGUUCAGCGUGGCAAACCCGAUUCACGCAGACGUGUUCCCUGCGGUGAGAAAGAUGGAGGCCGAGGUGGUGGCCAUGGUGCUUGCGCUGUUCAACGCGCCCGAGUCCGGGGCCGGGGCGACCACCUCGGGCGGCACCGAGUCGAUCCUGAUGGCGUGCCUGUCGGCGCGGCGGAAGGGGUACGUGGAGAGAGGAAUCACGGAGCCCGAGAUGAUCAUCCCCAGCACGGCGCACGCCGCCUUCCACAAGGCGGCGAGCUACUUCAAGAUCAAGUUGCACCAGGUCGCGUGUCCGGCGCCAGAGUACAUGGUCGACGUCGCCCGGGUGCGGAGGCUGAUCAACCCCAACACCGUCCUUCUCGUCGGGUCGGCACCGAACUACCCGCACGGCAUCGUCGACAAUAUCCCGGCCCUGUCGAAACUUGCCGUCUCGUACAAGAUCCCUCUCCACGUCGACUGCUGCCUCGGGUCGUUCGUGAUGCCCUGCUUGGCCAAGGCCGGCUUCCCUUCUCCCUGGGCCGACGAGGGCGGUUUCGAUUUCCGCCAACCCGGCGUGACGUCCAUAAGCGUCGACACCCACAAGUACGGGUUCGCCCCGAAAGGCAACAGCUGCGUUCUGUACAGGAACCGCCAGCUCAGAGAGUACCAGUACUUCAUCUCUCCCGAGUGGCCCGGCGGCGUUUACGGGUCGCCCAGCAUGGCUGGAUCGCGGCCCGGUGCGCUCAUCGCAGGCUGCUGGGCGAGCAUGAUGGCCGUCGGCGAGAAGGGAUACGUCGACGCCACGCACAAGAUUGUCAGCACGAAACUGACCAUCGAGAACGCCGUCAAGGAACACCCUGUUCUGAAACAGACGUUGAGGAUCCUGGGUCAUCCCAUGGUGAGCGUGGUCGCGUUCGAGUCCGUCGACCCCGCCGUCUCCAUCUACGACGUCGCCGACGCCAUGUCGCACAAAGAGUGGCAUCUGAAUUCCCUCCAGAGUCCACCGGGUGUACACGUCGCCGUGACUUUGCCGAUGACGAGACCCGGCGCCGUUGACGGUCUGAUCGAUGAUCUCGUCGCCGCUGUCAAGGAAGAGAAGGAGAAGGCCGUGGAAAGGUUAAAGGCGGGCGGGGCGAUCGAGAAAGGAAAAGGUUCGAGUGCUCAACUGUACGGUGUCGCUGGUAGUAUACCGGAUAAGAGCAUCGUCGAGCAAGUUGUCGUUGCGUAUUUGGAUACCCUCUACAAGGUGUGA